AUGACUGUCGCCACUGCCACGGAGCCCCGGGAGCUGGCGGACCUUGGCCGGCAGCGCAGCUUCGACGUGCAGGUGCUGUUCGGAGACCGGCGCCAGGAGCACUACCGCGCCCUGGCGCGCGCCAUCAUCGAGCGGCUGGCAGAGAAGACUUCAAAGCCUCUGCUACUGGGCAUCCACCUGCAAGACAAGAGCGUUGAGGCUUUCAGGGCAAUUCUCCAAGAAGUGCAGCAGCGCUUGUCGGGGGUGGCGCCGCCCGAGGACGACGACUUCGCAGACUUCGAGGGCCGCGUGAGCCUUGACACCAUCAAGGUGCGCUCCAAGUAUCUCUGGAGGCACGAUCUGACUGGCCCCACUCCCCUGUGGAGCGAUCCUGACAUGAAAUGGCACCUGGGGCUCUUCACAAGUCUUAAAGACUUGGAGCCGAAGUUUGUCGACACAGGCGGCCGCGCAUAUCGCUGGGAGCAGGGCGACGCCGCGGACCAGGAGCUGCGACUCUUUCUGCCCGUGGCAGCGACCACGCAGGUGAAGGAUGUGGAGUUUCAGGUGGCGCCGCGUUCUCUUCGUGUCCGCGUGGCUGGGCAGCCGUUGCUGGAGGGAGAGCUCUGGUCCGAGGCUGAUGUGCAAGACACUUACUUUGAGCUUGAUGGGCAGGGUGAAUCCCGGGUCUUGGUCGUCUACCUGGCAAAGGCGCGUGUGGAGACCUGGGAGGAGGUGAUGCAGGUGUGCUAUACCUGGGCGCCCGCCGGGCGCUACAACGAGGAGAUCCGUAUCUCCGUGCCCAUCAGAGAAGAUGUCGUUGCUUCGGAUGUGGACUUCUCCCUGUCGGAAGGCCAUCUACGGCUGGCGCUGAAGGGCCAAAAGCCCUGGCUGGAGGGCGACUUGUGGGGCGCGGUGGAUCCGGAAGACUGCGAUUGGAUGAUCGAGAAUGACGAGGGCCAAAGGUGCAUCGUCGUCACCCUGGGCAAGCUGCACGUGCGCGAGCACUGGGAUCGGCUGCUGAAGUCCGAGGAGGGCCUAGGAGGUUGGUCCACCUUCGAGCCGGGGAGUCACAAGGAGACGGACCUGGCAGUGCUUGGGUCCUUGGAGUACCGCGGCGUUCACCGGAUGGCCUGA